CGGGACGGGCGGUGACGUUGGGACGGGGAUCCGGAGCAGACAGGAGGCUGCUGCAGCUGGACCGACUCCCGACCGGGACCAGAACAACACCGGCCUACAGACUAACAUCUGAUCUCACCGUGAAUCUGACACUACAGGGUUUCAAUCCACCAUGAGAGACUACUCAGCGGCUCCGAGCAACGGAGGCGCCUGCAUGCCGUGCUGCCAAGUUUGCAUCUUCGCCUUUACCGCAUUUCUCAUCGUUGCAGAGAGGACUGCGCUGAUCUAUUGCUUUGUGUACUACCUGUGGGUGGGUCACAACUACUGCUAUGCCCAUCUCGCUGGCUUCACUGCGCUGUUCCUGCUGCCAGGCUGGGGUCCUCAGUGGCUCAGUUAUCUGUGGUACCUGUCAGAUGGACGCAUCCGCAGGAAGUCUCUCACCUGGACACACAUACUGCACCUGGGUAUCUUCAAAAGGCUGUUGGAGUGCAUGUGUCUGCCAGAUGAGGAUGUGUACAGUGAGAUCAUGCAGCAGGCUGAUGUAUCAGCCUUACGUCUGUUUGAGGCGUUGGUGGUCACCCUCCCUCAGACGCUGCUGCAGACCUAUGUGCUCAUCUGCACUGAUAUAGGGAUCAAAUCUCCAGCCUCGGUGUGUUUUGUGGUGUGUUUGUUAUCUCUGGCCUGGGCCUUGGUCCUCUAUGCCAGAGCCUGUUCACUCAUCAGACCAGGACACCUACAAAUGACCCCUGCUGCCAUCCUCUGCCGACUUCUGUGGAGGGUCAGUAUGUUGGGAUCUCGAUUUGCUGUUCUCAUGCUCUUCACACGUAUCUUCAAACAGUGGAUCCUGGGAGUCCUUGGUGUGCACUGGCUGGGUGCAACUUUCUGGAUGGUGUCUCAGCAGACUGACAUCAUACGUUCAACUAGUCGAUGGAGACUCUUCAACCUGGUGCUGGGAGCCAUCCACAUCUUUCUGUUCCUCAAUGUGAAGUGGGGUCAAUCCAGAUACCGCAUGGCUGGGUUCUACCUGGUCAUGUUCUUAGAGAACGCUUUGCUUCUUCUGGCCUCCUCGUGGUUGUUCACCAUGGUGUCCUGGGACACUGUGGGGAUCCCAGCUGCAGUGUUCUGUAGCUUCCUCAUCGGAGUGAUAGCGUUGGUGCUCUACUAUCGUUUCCUCCACCCCAAGUCCUUUGAGAUUUUCCAGAGUAUUCGCCACAGGGGGAUAGGUGGAGCCUGCGCUGAACGUGGAUCUACACUGUCAUUGGAGGAGAAAGUCACACCCACUUUCCAUCGCCAUGCAACACUGUCUGGAGGUGGGACCCUCAUGGAUCUCCCUAUCCAAUGGGAGGGCUGGAAACAUCACCACUGGCUGUUGAUUCGCUUGGCCAUGAAGACGGGGGAUGUCACUAAGAUCUGGACGUCGUAUGGCGAGGGGGGACUGGCUGGACUGAUGGGUCUGUCUGAGGAAGUUCACUCCCCUGAUGAACAUCAUGUCCCUCGGAUGCCGCUUGUUCAACCGCAGGUUCCUCAGAUCUCACAACCAGCUCCUCAACCACCUCCACCACAGGUGACCCAGGCUCCACAGGUGAGAGAGGUGGUCCAACCACCAAAGCCAGCUCCCUCCACUGUGGUAGCCAGGCCAGUGAGAAAAGCUCCACCCACAACAAUCCACGAUAUAAGAAAUUUUCCAGAGAUCAUCCCAGUACAGGAGGUCAUUCCUGAAGAGAGUGCAGAAGAUGAGUCCAGCGCUGCACCAUCUGAAAAAGGUGAUGAGGAGUUUCAGAGUGCUGCUUAUGGCUCACCAACACCUUCAUCCCCGCGGCAACCAAGCAGCCUUCGCCAUAUUGACAGCAACGCUGCAUCCCUGACCGAAGCCUCGUCCUCCGUAGGUUCCCUGGACAUCAAGACUCCCGGCUGGUCACCUGAGCGACGUUCCCCUCUCCUGAUUGGCUCUCCAGAGAAAAGGCCAUCACUGCCUGGAGAGUCCACCACUACGCUGUACUUCAGCGCAGAUGCGCAGUCUCCCUCCAGUGGCAGCUAUCUGGGCUGGGGCUCUGAGUUGUCGCCCAUCUCCACCUACAGAAGUCCCUACCGGAUCAGAGAGGCUCGUUUUAUCACGUCCACCCCACGCCUGGAGCCUCGAUCUGAGAGUCCAGGUCCGUCUCCUGUUGUUAUCAUCCCGGCCACUCCAGGUACAACUCCAGGCCCCACCCCAGGUGGAAGCCCCGGUGCAUCGACCCCUUCUGCAUCAUCAACACCUGCAGCUUCGACUCCUGCUCCUUCAACGCCUGUUGGUUCAACUCCUGGUGCUACUACUCCUGGUACUCCAGUCGUUCCACUCACUCCAGUCAUCUCCCACGCUCGCAAACAGAUGGUCCAGUUUGUGGACACUAGAGAGAGAAUGGUGUAAGGAGGGUGGAGGGUCAAGGGGAAGAACAACUGGGUGGGCAGUGGUGUCUUUUUUAGUUUAGCAGUUUAGGAUAUAAAUGAAUUCAUGCAUUAAGUAACCUGGGGAAGGCUUGGCGGGGAGUGAAGGGGUCUUUUCAGCUCAGUUCAUUUGAGUCAGUCAUGGAAGAUAUACUAUAUAAAUUCUUAUUUAUGUUUUUCUCCCUGACAUGAAGAUGCAAGGGUCACAUACGCAGACAUUUAGGAUGCAUAGAUAGCACACUUGCUGGAGGAGAGUGUGAUAGUAUGACCGCCCUCAUAUGCUACUUUGAAAAAGGUGAAAAGGAAGCAUCUGGCAAAUUCAUGUGUAGGAGGCGGGGCUAGUAGUCGUCUGCUAUCUACCGAGGCCACUAGAUGAGUUAUCGGUGACAAACACGGACAUACAAGGUAAUCAGCCAUUCAAACAUGGAGGAUGGGGGGAUUCUUUCAGUUCUUUAAAACCAUUUGCUGAAAAAAAAAAUCACUAUUCACUACUACAGGUCAUUAUUUACAGAAAACUACAUCUGGGUUACUCCUCAAAACAGAUAAAACUUCACAGGUGCUAAUUCAUGUGGGACAUCACUUUUAUUCAUGUAGAUAAACCCUCACUCUUGGUCAUUUAUUUGUGUUUUUAACUAAACACAAAAAAACUAAUGCAGUUAGGACUUAUUCAGGCAGUGGAGUCAGCUGGUUACCUAAUUUUUAAAGAGCAAACUAAUUGUUAAAACAAUCAUAAUUAUUAUGAUGAUAUUUGAAUCAUGAGUUGUGAUAAAAUCUUAAGCUUAAACAAUCACGUGAAUCAAGAUGAAGUAACUUAAAUGGAAGAAUUUUCAAAAUGAACCAUUUUAUCAAACUAGUUUACAAACACCAAACAUGCUGACUUUCAUGUAACGCCACUUACCAGUGCCAGUGUCUUUUUUUCUACAUUGGUAAGUCUGAUACAAUCAAACCAAUUAUCUGUCAUAAUAAAUAAAUAAAUAAAUAAAGCAGACUUAAUGCAAAUCUAAGCAUACCUACAAAAGGCUUUGACGUUAUAAUUCCUGCAAAAGCUUACAUUUUUUUACACAAAAACCUUCAGAUGAUGUUAAACAUCCCGUCCAGUUUCCAGGAAGUCCCUCAUUCAUCCGAUCAGUCACCCACUGUGUGUACAGCUCCGUACAUUACAUCACACACAUUACAAAGAAACAGAACUCCCUUUUACACUCUGUAAAAUACUCAAAUCUAUUAAUUGAUGUCUUUAUUUUCAUGAAACUAUCAGAUAAGCAAAAGACUAAAAGCAAAGCUUUGAGGGAUUUUUUAUAGAUUAUGUGCUCUGCUUUACGUUGCUAAUUGUAACUGCAAUAAUUCCAGUCGGCACUUUAUAGCAGAAAAGGUACAGCUCACGUAGCAUGAUGCUCUGUAGAAUACACUAUGAUUGAUGAUGAACACGAGAACACGUCAAAGGGAAAUUAAGCAAUAUAGAAUAUGAAAGCAGUGUCACGUGAUGUUUCUAUUGUAAUGCUGUUUGUUAAUGCAUUUCAUUUUAUACGUCUAUUUUUUUUAAACUUGUUGACGGCUUGUUUUUGUCUGUUUUAAUGAUUAUGACCUGCAGAAAUGCUUUAAGUCUUUCAAAAAAAACAAGACAGACACUUUCCCCAUUUGGCCCUUUGAAGAAAUUGCAAAUAAUUGCAAACUGGUAACUUUAGUGACAAAGAAAAGAUGAAGUACAAAAGAAGGAAAUGUCUGCAGGACACAAAUACUAAGUGUGGGUUCUUAUCUCUAACAAAGAAGAGGUAACUUUUAUGAACACCUCUGACAAUCACAGUUUGUUUCCUCUUUAACUGAUGAAAAACAGGAAGUUUACGAAUGAUGAUAAGAUACAGUCAUAGCAGCAGUUCAGUCAGGAGAGACUCAUUCUGAGUGACAGAAUUUUUAUUUACAUGAGAAUUGUGAAGAGUCUUUGGCGAACAGACUCCAUUUGUGACAUAUAUUUUACUUCCCCCAUGGAGUCUAGAUGCUGGUGGUGAUGAGAUGUAGAGGGUACUGAGGAUUUAGAUGUGAUGAGCUCAAACUGGGCACUGGAUGUGAUGACUGGAGGUGAAUGGCCUGAGAUGACAGCAGCAGAGAGGAGAGCAGAUAUAAAGUUUGACAGCAGCAGCAGCAGCUGUUAGAGAUCAUGGCAAAAUUUAAUUGGUUUAACUGGACGCCCAAAUGCCUAUAAUCAGCUGACAGGAAAAAGCAGGAGUAGUGAGAUUGAGAGACAGAACUGUGAAUGAACGAAGCAUAAAGAAAGUCUUCCUAACUGAACUUGCACUGAUCUUAAUUCCUGGUCCUGUUAAUGUGGGUUGCCAUGGCAGUAAACGUAUAUAUGCUGGAAGUUUACUGGUAGUGUUUAUAAACUUGUGACUAAAAUUCUUAUGGUUCCAAACUGAUUUAAAUAUUUUAAUUCUUAAUUUGGCAUUCUUUCUCCUCUGCCUACAUAUUGAUUGGUAGAAGGCUUUGCUGCGUGCUGUGUCUGCUACUUUAAUUAUUAGCAUUUAGCACUAUUGGAUUGUUGCCGUCCAUUUAUUCACACUGGUUUUAUUGGUUUUAUUGAGGAGCACACAGCAAACAAGCUGUUCUCAGCUUAAAGGCACAUGAAGAAACUGUGUACCUGCCUGAUGAAGAAAGUUAAAGGAAUACUUCAUCCACAAAAUUAUCAUUUGUAAUUCAGAUAGUCAUGCUGUGUUAUCUUGAAUUUGGGAAGAAAAGUUUGUUUUUCUUGCAUGCCUCCAUGGAUUGAUUUAUGUGUUAAUCGGGGACCACAUUUAACAACAGCAAAACUACAUCAAAACAUUAGUUGGCAAACAUUCACACAAGCAGUAUAACACAGUAUAAUCCAAGUUAGUUUAUCCAGGUGUAUGCUCAGUCAGUACUUCCCACAUUUUUUGCAAACAAACAAACAAACAAAAAAAACCCUUAGUACUCUGGAUUUGAAGACAGUAUAGAAAAGUUUCACUGUCAGUUUAGUAAGUAAUAGUAAGAGUAAGGUCUUAGCAAAAAUGGGUUUCAAUCAGGAGAGACAGAAGAAUGAAAUAAAGAUGAAGUUAAAUGUGAAAUGUCAGUGCUCAGUCUUUGGCACUUAGACACCAGAGGGAGAUUAUUUGUGAUCAUGGGAUGCCUAAGCGGCAGCAAGAUAUAUCCCCCCCAUGCAGUCCAGACACUGGUAGUGGUGGUGGUAGCUGCUGACUUUGGCUGAUGACUGCUGAGGCGAAUAGAGGCGAGGAGUGAAUGGCAGGGUGAGGAAGAAAGUUACAGCCGAAGCAUGAAAAGAAUUGUCUUCCUGACUGAACUUUCGCUUGAGCUUCAUGUGUUUUGGAAGUACUGAGCAUAUAACUGGAUAAAUGAGACUUGGAUUACACUGCAACGAGUUGUGUGAGAGUUUGUAAAUGGAUGUUUUGCUGUUGUCAAACAUCGUCCUUAAUCAGUCAGUAAAUCAGUAUGUUCACCAUUUUCCACUGAGGCGUAAAAAUAAAUCCUCAUAAUUUAAGGUAACACAGCAUGAUUUGUUGAUCUACAAAUGGUCAUGUUGUGAGUGAGCAUAUGUAGAAACUGUGUACCUAGCUCGUGCAGAAAGUUAACCAUGUACAAUAUCAAGGUCUAUUUUACUUCCUGUAAAGAAAAAAUGUAGCAGUUCAGUUUUGUUUUGGACAAGAAAUCAUUUCCUCAGAUGCAGACAGUCCAUCUCAGUAAACAUAAAGGGGGAAAUCUAAUUCUGACAGAGUCUUAACUAAAUAUUUACAAAUUUAAAUGUCGUCAGUAUUCCCUUGUAAAGCCCACUAUACUCAUAAAUAUACGCAGUCCAUCCGCAUAUCUUUCAGUUAAACCUCCUACCUCAGUGAAACUGAAUUUCCAAGUGACAAAAAUGAUUUUAUUAUCUUUUUAUAAUUUGUUUUGGUGAGAAUUACUCACUGUAUGACUGAAAACACCUUUAACUGCAUAAAACAUUUUUGAUAAUGUAGCUACUGGAAGGAAGGGAAUAGAUAAGGAGCAGAGAUUUAGAAUAAAAAUGCCCCUGGAACAAUGUGCUGCUAUGAAUUUAAAGUUUGGUCAACACCAGUAUUAUGUAAUAUUAUGUUAAUGUUAUUUAUUUGAAUAUGUGAAAUCUGAUUGUAAUCAUAGAAUUAACAAUAUCAGUCUUCCACGUAUACUUGUCUUCUAUUUUUUCUGUUUUUCUUUUUUAACUGUACUUUAUUAUUUUAACUUUCUAAACAAAUAUAAUAGCUAUAAAGUAAGUUCUGUACCUGUAAUGAGCAGUUAAAUGUUGUGAUAAAACAUGGGCAGACUAUAAAUCGGUGUUUAUGGAUCAAAGUGCAGAGAAAAACGCGCUGCAUCAAAGCUGUGUCAAGCUGUUAUCCACAUACCUGCUGAUAGAUAAAGGAGUCACUGCAUGUUACUAGUUCAUCCAGAGAAUUGUAUCUAUUCCUUUAGAGAGAGAAAGCACUCACUGUAACUACACAUACAUUACAGUACUUAACUCACAUGCUCAGAUGUAUGUGUACGCAACAGCAAUAAGCUAAUGAAAUGUAUCUUAGUGCACUAAUUAAAAUGUAUCUACACGCACAUGCUUUAGACGAUGCCUUGGCUUGAUCAUCAUGACUCAGCGCUUUGCCUUGUAGACAGACAGCUUCAGCUGCCAUGCUUGUCUUAUGACGUGUGUAUUGCUUUGUAUUUGAACGAUAUGCUUUGCUUUGUGUACCUGACGUGUAUGAUAGUCUUCACUUGUGUUUCUAAUUUGUCUCAUUUUGUAUUUUCUUAAAAAUUUCCUUCUUUUAUAUUUGGUCACAUGUACUGUUAUGACACGCGUGGACAGUCACGGUGCAUUAUGUCAAGGUUUGUGCUGAAGUUUCACACGUGAAGUCGUUUAGAGGCAGUAUCAUAUAUUCAUUGAUGAACUGAUAUUAGUUUGCUGAUUGAGUGUGACGUCACUUAGUCACGGGAUGGCCUCCAUGUAUCAACAUGCAUCACCUCAUCAUACAAAGGUUUCCACAGAGCAACUGUUGCUGGUUGUGGUGAGUCAGUUACUGUGCUGUUGAUGUGACAAAA